AUGCUGGUACCAAAGAUCACUUUAGGUUCAAGCGAUGAGCUCAUUAGAGCGGCUGGGGUUUUGCCUUGGACUCUGUAUACGGACGCACAGCAGGCAUUGGGGCAGGUGUCGGGCUGGUCGGCGGUGAUGGCGCCGGCCACCGAAGCAUCGGUGCAUGAUCUGCUGAACAGCGGGGUAUCGGCAGCCAUCGUCGACUCAACAAGCGCAAUCCCGUCCGAUAUCGACGUAUCACGUAUUGCGCUGCAGUUCCCGGUGGGUUCACUGCCGCAGGCAGUGAUUGCCGGUGCUGGGGUGGUGUCGGAUCGCAGCGACGGGCUGCUGACGACGGUGGUGGUUGAUGAGCAGCGCGUGUGCCUGGGCGUGGUGUACUCGAAUGCGGAGAGCCUGGCGGCGGCGCUGUCGACGGGCGCUGGCGUGUACUGGUCGCGCAAGCGCGGGCUGUGGCACAAGGGCGCAUCAUCGGGGGCAACGCAGGCGCUGGUGGGCGUGUCAGUUGACUGCGACAGCGACGCGCUGUGCUUCACGGUGCAGCAGCACGGCGCCGGGUUCUGCCACCACAACACACGCACGUGCUUUGGCCCGGCCUCGGGGCUGAGCCAGCUGGCGGCGGUAGUGGAGGAGCGCAAGCGGAGUGCACCGGCGGGCUCGUAUACGCAGCGGCUGUUCAACGACGCCGGUCUGCUAAAGGCCAAGAUCCUGGAGGAGGCGAGCGAGCUGGGAGAGGCCCAGAGCCGCGACGACGUGGCAUUUGAGGCAGCGGAUCUGCUGUAUUUCGCCAUGGUCAAGUGUGCGGCCCACGGCGUGUCGCUGGCUGACGUUGAGCGCAGCCUGGACCUGAAGCACCGUAAGGUCGCCAGGCGACCGGGCAACGCCAAGCCGCAGUGGGCUAAGGCUGCGGGAGCUGACGGGCCGAAGGAGGUGCCCGGCGAGCCGAUCCGCAUGCGCGUGUAUGGCGCUGGCGAGCUGAGCACGGCGGAAUACGACGCGCUGCUGCAGCGGCCGAUCAUCGACUCGGAGGAGAUCAUGGGGCGGGUGCGGCCAAUUGUCGAUGCAGUGCGGGCCAACGGUGACGCAGCAGUCCGUGAGUUCACCGAAAAGUUCGAUCGCGUCAAGCUGGACACGGUGGUGGAGCGCGCGCCGUUCGCGGUGCCUGACCUGCCGGCAAAGGUGCGUGCGGCCAUUGACCAGGCGUACGAGAACGUGCGUGUGUUCCACGCGGCACAGCUAGGCGGCGACACGCACGUCGAGACGAUGCCGGGCAUCACAUGCUCGCGCUUCAGCCGUGCCAUCGAGCGCGUUGGGCUGUAUGUGCCCGGUGGCUCGGCGGUUCUGCCGUCGUCGGCGCUGAUGCUGGGCGUUCCGGCGCAGGUGGCCGGGUGCCGCGAGAUCGUCCUGGCGACGCCGCCGCGUGCCGACGGUACAAUUGUGCCCGAGGUUCUGUAUGUGGCGCACAAGGUCGGGGCGACGGCGAUUGUGAAGGCGGGCGGAGCGCAGGCAAUUGCAGCGCUAGCCUAUGGCACGGCGACAGUGCCCAAGGUCGACAAGAUCUGCGGGCCCGGUAACCAAUACGUGACCGCAGCCAAGAUGCUGGCGCAGAACGACACGGCGGCGAUGGUGGCCAUUGAUAUGCCGGCGGGCCCGUCCGAGGUGCUGGUGGUGGCCGAUGCGACCAGCAACCCGGCGUAUGUGGCCAGCGAUCUGCUGUCGCAGGCCGAGCACGGACCCGACAGCCAGGUCGUGCUGCUGGCCGUCGAUCUGACCGACGCGCAGCUGGCGGCCAUUGAGCAGCAGGUGCAUGAGCAGGCCGAGCGCCUGCCGCGCGUGGCCAUUGUGCGCCAGUCCAUUCCCAAGAGCUUCUGCCUGCGCGUCGCGUCGCUGGCCCAGGCCAUGGACUUCUCCAACGCGUACGGUCCCGAGCACCUGAUUCUGCACAACGACAAUGCCCGCGCCUGCCUGCCCGACGUCGUCAAUGCCGGCUCGGUGUUUGUCGGCCCGUACUCGCCCGAGUCGUGCGGCGACUAUGCCUCCGGCACCAACCACACCCUGCCCACCUACGGUUUCUCCAAGAUGUACUCGGGCGUCAACACCGCCACCUUCCUGAAGCACAUCACCGCCCAGGAGCUGACCAAGGAGGGCCUGGCCAACAUCGGCGAGACCGUCAUGACGCUGGCCGAGGUUGAGGAGCUGGAGGCCCACCGGAAUGCGGUGGCCAUCCGUCUGAAGGACCUGUAG